AUGAAGAUACUACCGAAGGGGCUCUCUAAACCACACUUUUCGAAGCCUUGGAAGCACAAUGGUAAACACAGGGUAUUCAAAAUCGGUAUACGACUGCAGCUGUUGACACUGGUGAUUUGUGUUGCCCUUGGUUCUCUGCUGACACUGGCCAUAACGACGGGUGUCUACUUCACGACGAACUAUAGAUCUACAAGAGAGGAUAGACUCGAGACGGUGGCCCAGCUCAAGGCGUCUCAAAUGGAGCAGACGUUGAACUUUUUGUACUAUCAGGUGUAUUGGCUCACAAUCAGGGAAUCUAUACAAUCUUCCUUGGCCUCAUAUAGAGCUGGUAACACGUCAGACUCAAACUGGGCGCAGGCGAACUACACCAUUGAGCAGUUCUUACAGUCGUCCUUGACAUUUGCAUCUGUAAGGAUGUACGAUGCGAGGUUUAAUAUGGUGGUUGCAUCAGAGGCUAAUUGGUCAAAUAGUUUUGUGCCAGAUGACGUUCAGGAUCAACUGUUCCCCCUGGACCAGGAAAAUUUCACCGUCCGUGAUACUUUAGACACUGUUGGUAUGCUUACGGGUCCAAUUUCGAAUGAUUCAUCCACCAUGGUUCUAUCCAUGACGGUUCCUAUUUUCUAUGCAGCAUCCAUUUUAUUCGAUACAAGUGACCUCGUUGGAUACGUCACAACUAUAAUGUCCGCAUCUUCGUUCAAAUCUGCACUGGACGACAAUACAACUCUUGUGGAUUCAGAUGUCGUUGUAUUAACCGCAGAUCCUAAUAAUGGAACUCUCACAGUGAAUAGUACGUUUAGAGCUGCCUUCCCGGUGGAAGGUUACGUUCCAACAAAUGUGUCACGAAGAAUUGGAAGCUCAUUUAUUGCAAACCAAGCUUUGCGAUUGCAAAAAACUGGAACAACUAGAAUAAAAAGUUAUGCAGGAGAAAAUGUUGUUGCAGGUUAUUGUCCUGUGAGUUUCGACCUUGCAGAUUGGGCUGCAAUUGUCCAACAGAAACGGUCAACUUUUGAUCAACCUUCAACAAAACUGGUUAAAAUUUUGAUCGGUGUUUGUUUUGGUAUCGCAGUGUUUAUGGCAUUAGUCACACUACCGUUGACUCAUUGGGCAGUUAAACCUAUCCUGAGGUUGCAACAAGCGGCAGAAUCCAUUGCUGCUGGAAGAGGUCUACAUAUACCUUCAAAGAGUAACAAACGGGAUCCGGAUGGUAUGGGAAGCUUAAAUAGUUCUUCUGUCGCUAGUGGGUUGGGACCAGGACCUGCCCCUCCUUAUACACCAUCUCCUUCACCAAUGGCUAGAGACUCUGUACAUACAGAUCAUGGAUUGAGUGAGGCUGGUUCAAUAUCGAGUAGCGGGGAUCCAGGCAUUAGUGCUUCGUAUCUUCACAAUGCUCGUAUCCCUUAUUAUUCAAGGUUUUUUGAAGAUGAACUGACCCAAUUGACAGAGACCUUUAAUGCUAUGACAGAUGAAUUGGACCGCCAAUAUACGCAUUUGGAAGAUAGAGUUAAAGCUAGAACAAAACAAUUGGAAGCUGCCAAGAUCCAAGCUGAAGCUGCUAAUGAUGCAAAGACAGUCUUCAUUGCAAAUAUCUCUCACGAACUGAGAACUCCUCUCAAUGGUAUCCUUGGUAUGACUGCAAUUGCAAUGGCUGAGACUGAUACUUCAAAAGUACACCAAUCUUUGAAGUUGAUCUUUAGAUCCGGUGAACUUUUGUUGCAUAUUUUGACAGAACUUUUAACCUUCUCGAAGAAUUCCUUGAAGAGAUCAAAAUUGGAGAAUGCUGAUUUUUGUAUUAUGGAGGUUGCAUUGCAAAUAAAAUCUAUUUUUGGUAAAUUGGCAAAAGAUCAGAAUGUCAAACUUGCAAUUACUUUGACGCCGAAUGAAAUUAGAAAGAUGGUAUUGUAUGGUGACUCCAACAGGAUUAUUCAAGUUGUGAUGAACUUGGUGAGCAACUCCUUAAAAUUUACCCCUGUUGAUGGAAAAGUUACUGUGACCAUAAGAAAUCUGGGUGAGUAUGAUGAAGAAAAAUCCCGUGAGGAUGACUACAAACAUGUUUACAUCCGUCCAAACUCUUUGCCCCAAGCAACGUGUUUGGAAAAAAUGGAGCAUCCAUUAAGUGACCAUGAGCUUUCCACUUCAAAUGAAACAACCACUAGUGACGAUGACGAGGAUGACGAGUUGGAGACAAGAAGCGUUGUAACAGUUUCUACCUCCUCAUUUGAUGAUAACUUUUUCAAAACACAGUUCAAAUUGUCAACACCAGAAGAUGAGGAGGAGCAAAUUAAGACAGUUCCUCUUCCUGAUAAUAGAACUUGGGUAUUUGAAUUUGUCGUCGAAGACACUGGGCCCGGUAUUGCCCAGGAUCUUCAAAAUGCCGUUUUUGAGCCAUUCGUCCAAGGUGACCAAACUCUCUCCAGACAAUACGGUGGAACAGGUCUUGGUCUGUCUAUUUGUCGUCAACUUGCGACAAUGAUGCAUGGUGUUAUGGAGCUGGAAUCCACUGUUGGUGUUGGAUCUAAGUUUAUUUUUAGAGUCCCAUUGGUGCAACACAAAGAACUUGUUAUUGAAGACGAGGAUGGUAUGUACGAAGAUGAGUUCAACAUCCACAGCAAAAAAAACAGAAGAGUUAAGAUCGUUGAGCCAAGCAAAUCUGGCUCUUUCAAAGAAUCUGCACAUUCUGAGCCAGAGAUGUAUACCCCUACAUCAGAGAAGACCUCGUACUUUGACAAAUCUUAUUGGAACUCUACAGGAACUGCAAAGUCAAGUUCGUCUCAAUCGUCUAAAACGGAAGAUAAGACAUCUUUGAAAAAGCUCAAGAUACUAGUUGCAGAAGAUAAUGGUGUCAAUCAAGAAGUUAUUAAGCGGAUGCUUAACCUGGAAGGUUUCACUGAUCUUGAAAUGGCUAGAGAUGGUGAAGAAGCGAUUAAUUUGGUCAAGAAGAAUAUUGAAAAUGGGGGUAGUCCAAUCGAUAUCAUAUUCAUGGAUGUUCAAAUGCCAAAGGUUGACGGUCUUAUGGCUACGAAAACCAUCAGAUCUGCUCUGGAGUUUGACGGGCCAAUCGUUGCGCUAACUGCGUUCGCCGAUGAGAGUAACGUUAAGGAAUGUUUGGAUUGUGGUAUGACAGGUUUCCUCUCCAAGCCAAUCAGACGUACACAACUGAGAAAGGUCUUGGAAAAGUUUUGUGGAGUGUCGCACAAAGAGAUGGUUGCAACACCAACGGACGACCACGUCACUACCAAGAACCCUUCCGAAAAGGAAUCGGGGGAUGAUGAAAAGCCUGAUAAAUAA